GUUUGACCGACAGAAGUGUCAAGCUUUCCCGGUGAUGGGCGUAUAGAACGAAAGUUGAUUCAUUUUAAAUCAAUUUAAUAAUUCAAAUUACGCCCAAUUAUAGUUUAAGUACUAAUAUUAUUAAUUACUAUUAAGUAUAUAUAGUAGAACCAAAACUGAAGUAUAUUUAAUAAUAUUUAUCCUAUUUACAUAGUAUAUUCCUUAUUAGGUAUACAAAUUUUAUGUAAGUGAGAAAAUUUAAAUCAUGGCGUGGAGAUUUAAAGCGAGUAAAUACAAAAAUGCUGCCCCUAUUGUCCCUAAACCCGAAAAUUAUGUUCGAGAUAUCAGUGUGGGUUCCUAUCAAACUUAUGGAAACAAUAUUGCUGCUUCUGCUAAAUUCAUGGCAUUUAAUUGGGACCACUCGGGGUCUAGUUUGGCUGUGCUCCCCUUAGAUGAUUACGGCAGAAAAGGAAAAUUAUUACCUCUUCUGCACGCUCAUUCUGAUACUGUGACUGAUAUUUCUUUUUCGCCAUUCCACGACGGACUUUUAGCUACAGGUUCUCAAGACUGCUUAGUAAAAAUAUGGAACAUUCCUAAAGAAGGCUUACAAGAAUCGCUUAGUAAUGCAGAAUCUACUUUUUCUCAUAAACAACGUAGAGUAGAAUUAGUUGGUUUCCAUCCGACGGCCGAUUUUCUUCUUCAUUCCACUUCUUUCACUACUUUAACCUUAUGGGAUUUACUCACAGAACAAGAAUUGUUUUCAAAUUCUGAUGCCUCAGAAGUAAUCCAAUCUGUUAGUUGGAAAAGGGAUGGAACACUACUGGCUACCUCAGCAAAAGAUAAACAAGUACGAAUUGUAGACCCUAGAUUAGAAUCAUCCUGUAUAAAAUCGACAAAUUCCCACCCGGGAAUUAAAGAUUCCAAAGUAGUUUGGCUCGGUGAACAAAAUAAGAUUUUAACGACAGGAUUCGAUGCUCAGAGAUUAAGACAGGUGAUAAUUAGGGACCUUCGUAAUAUAUGCGAACCUGAAAAGACUUUAGAAUUAGAUUGUUCUACUGGUAUAUUGAUCCCGUUGUAUGAUGCUGAUACCGGUAUGCUCUUUUUAGCUGGAAAAGGGGAUACAACCAUUAUGUACAUGGAAGUGACCGACAAGGAUCCUUAUUUUAUAGAAGGUAUAAGACAUUCCGGGGAACAAACAAAAGGGGUCUGUUUAGUACCGAAACGUGCUUUAAAUAUAAUGCAGGGAGAAGUUAACAGAAUAUUGCAACUGACCAGUUCUUCCGUAAUUCCAGUGACUUAUCAAGUACCUAGAAAAACAUACAGGGACUUUCAUUCGGAUAUCUAUCCAGACACUCCAGGUUAUAUAACAGAACUAGUAUCGACUGAUUGGUUCCAAGGAAAAAACGUUCCUUUACAAAAAAUGUCUUUAGAUCCAGCCAAACGCGAAAAUGGAGAGGAACCAAUAGUCGUACAUAGGGGUAGUAUACAACAAAUGCGAGAAGACUACAACAAUCUUAAAUUGCAUUCUAAACCGGAACCACAAAAAACGAAAUCGACGCCACAAAAGGUUGAUCUUCAUCCUGUUAAGGGAUUGAUCAAGGAUUUCGAGAAGGAUAAUAAACAGAUCGAAGAAGAAAAUAAUGAUAUUAAUGCAAAAAUCAACGAUAAUGAAUUAGAAAAGAUAACUUCUAUAAUUCCCCCUAAACCUUUACCGAGGACAUCGAGAACAAGUUCAAUUUGUGAUUCCCAAUCAAUCGAUGAUGCUAAUGUACCUAAACCCGUUGCUAGACCUCGUACAAACAGUUGCGCCCCCGUUGUUACUUCUGUUAGCCCCAUCGCACCUGCCUCCGGUGGAUACAAGCCACGAUUGGGUCCGAAACCGUUUACCCCACCGAACCUCAACGACCCCGAAAACACUUUUUCUAAAGUAUUUUCAGUACCGGCUGUACCGACAACGAUAAAUCAAGAAAAAGAAGUACCGGAUGCAUCUAAUAUAAAAACCGAAGAAUCGAAUUUGAAAUCAGAAUCCGGUAACGGAAAAUCUGCUUCUAGUGGAGAAGAAGAAGCUAGCAGCGAUUCUGGCUACGUACCGAAAACUCCAAGUACCGCAGAACGUAGAAAAUUAUUCGAAAAAUCUAAUUCCAAAGAAAAUGAUCCGGAAGAAAUGGAUUCUGUUGAUUUCGAAAGGGGAUCAUUGCAGAGGGCUAGUAUCGCCGAAAGGAGAAAAUUGUACGAAAAUAGGUCUAUGACUGUACAAGAACAAGGUUCGGAUAAAAAGGAAAAUUCCCCGGUGAUGCUUAGACGAAAAGAUUCAUUAAAAAAUCGUAAAAAUACCGAUGAUGUUUUGAAAGAUGAUAACAAUAGAAAAAGUAUGCCGAUAGCUAAACAGCAAUCAAUGGAUCCGGUUGGAAUGAGGAAAUCGGAAGUGUCUGUACCAACACCAAAAAGAACCUCCACUGUUUUCGGUCGGGUUUCGAAAUUUAGACAUUUAAAAGGUACUCCGUUACACAAAUCGUUCCAUAUUGAAAACAUCAGGAAUCUAAGUAGACAAAUACCCGGUGAAUGUGAUGGAUUCCAAGCUAAUCCAGAAAGAGUGGCCGUACCUCUAAGCGGACCUGGAGGUAAAAUCGCCGUAUUCGAAGUAAAUAAAACGGGACGGUUACCGGACGGUGUAAUUCCCGCCUUAGUUCACGGUAACAACGUCAUGGAUUUCGCAUGGGAUCCGUUCGAUACGAAACGAUUGGCGGUCGCUUGCGACGACGGCGUCAUUAAAUUAUGGAGAAUUCCAGAGAACGGUCUUACGGAACAAACAAACGAAGCGGAUGAAGAAUUCAACGCUCAUUCCGAUAAAAUUUAUUUUGUCAAAUUCCAUCCAACGGCAAAGGACGUUUUAGCUUCCGGCUCCUACGAUAUGACGAUCAAAUUAUGGGAUUUGAGUACUUUAACGGAAAAAAUCGUGUUAAAAGGACACACGGAUCAAAUUUUCAGUUUCGCUUGGUCGCCGUGCGGUUCUUAUUGUGCGACAGCUAGCAAAGACAGUAAAAUCCGCAUAUACAAACCUCGAGCUAACGAAUAUCCAGUAAGGGAAGGUAAAGGUCCCGAAGGGAACCGAGGAGCCAGGAUCACUUGGGCUUUGGACGGUCAUUUUGUAGUAGCAACCGGUUUCGAUAAAGUAUCCGAACGACAGAUUUACGUUUACAAAUCGGACAAUCUCAUCAAUCCUUUGAAUACUAUCGGUUUGGACGUUUCUCCUGCUAUUCUGAUUCCCCAUUAUGAUGAGGACAGUUCGACUUUGUUCGUUACAGGAAAAGGCGAUUCGACUGUAUACGCUUUCGAAAUAACCGAAGAACAACCGUUCAUCUGUCCUUUGAGUCAUCACAGAUGCACUUCUCUGCAUCAAGGUUUAUCGUUUCUUCCGAAAAAUGUCUGUGAUGUAUCGAAUGUUGAAUUCGCCAAAGCUUUUCGACUUACCAAUAAUUCCAUUGAACCUUUGUCGUUUACGGUACCCAGAAUUAAGACGGAUCUCUUCCAAGACGAUUUAUUCCCCCCAACUAGGGUAACUUGGAGCCCGACAAUGUCCAGCUUGGACUGGUUCAAUGGAAAAGAGAAGCUACCACAAAAAAUAAGUUUGCAGCCCGAAGGAAUGGAAUUAUUAUCGGAAUCCCAGGGCCAGGCGAAUAGUGGUGCGGAAAGGACAAUAAAUAAAUCCGCAUCUAGUCCUUUUAUAGGUCUUAAUCAUGGUAAAGUCGGUUGGGACGUCGACGUCAGUGACGUUAAGAAUAAACAAGACGAAAUAAAAAGAUCAGUCAGCAAUAAAUUGCAAGUCAACCUGACCCUAGAGCAAGACACCAUGGAAGGGGUGGACGAGAAAGAAUGGUUGGAAUAAAAUACUGCAAAAAAAUUGACAAAAAAAUAGCUAAAUAUUAAUAUUAUAUUUAAAAUUUAUUCGAAAGAUGUUGUAUCCGGAGUAACAUUUUGUAAUAACUGAAAAACACUCACAGCCUGAUUCAUUUUUUCCUAUUUUAUAUUAAUUACAAUUAUCUUUCAUCUUUUUAUAUAAAAGGACAUUGUAGAUAGGUACAAUUUAAAAAAAAAAAUGGUUUGUUAUGGUUAUUUUUGGCAAAAGGACGAAAAGUGAAGAUAAAUGGCGCAGUCAGUAGGAUUUUCAUCAAAAUUUGGUAAAAUAUAUAAGUUUAUCACUUCAAUUAUGAAGGAACCAAUAUAUACUAAUAUUUAAUUUAUAAUAUUGUCAAUAAUUAGGGGAAAAUAUUCCGAAAUCCCCGUUAAAAUUGAGAAAAAUGAUUGGAAAAUGUGGUACAUACGUGAAAACACUGAAAUGACUCCAAAAUUUUUGGAAAAUCGUGAAAACCUGUAUAAUUGGUAAAAAAAUUAUGUAUACUAAAAUCAAGACAACUAUUUAAAAAAAUCAGAACGUCCCAUAACCAAAAAUAACAUAGCAACCGUUAAUUAGCAUUAAUAUCAAUAGUAAACAAAAAAAAUCAAUUAUAAGAUAAAUGCGGAAAAAAUCUUCGCUCAUACAAAGCUUUCUACUCUUAAAACAAAUUUCAAGAACCCCCCUGGUAUUUCACAGCUCAUUUAAUAUAACAAACAUAAAGAUCCCCUUCGUAUUUAUAUUCUAUCAAUCCCUAUAAAGAAUUCAAGGUCCCCCUUAUAUAGCAAAACACUGAAAUGUUUUUCGUCUAAUUUUUCAAAGAUUUAUUGUUCCACUUCAAGAUCCCCCUCGUAUUUCAAAGCUUUCUAUUCCUAUAACCAACUACAAUAUCCCCCUCGUAUUUCGUAGGUUUCAUAAAACAAAAUCAACGUACCCCUCGUAUAACAAAUAAUUAUUUUUUAAAUAUUUGAAGUUUUUCACAGUAUGUUUCGAUUAAUAUAAAACAAACUUCAAGAUCCCCCUGGUAUUUAAAAGCUUUCAAUCCAUAUUACAAAACUGAAGAUCCCCCUCGUAAUUUUAAUUUUUCAAUCCCCAUAACAAAAUUCAAUGUUCCCCUCGUAUAGUAAAACGCUGAAAUGUUUUUUUUUACUUUAUAUACAGUAUGCGCCUAAACUUAUAUAAUCAAUUUCUUCUUUUUUAUAUAAAUAUUUAUAUAUGUAUAUGAAAUUAGCUUCGUGUAUUCUUAAAGAAAAAGCAAUACGUGGAAAAAUGUAGUUUUUAAGGUAUAUUAGAAAUGGAAGUAAGAUUUUUUCCGUAUAUCAAAUUUCAAUUCAACUGCUUUUCAUGAUUUUUUUCUGUCAUAAUUUGACAUAAUCACAAAAAAAAAUCAUACGACGUCUAGUCAGUUGACAAAUGCUUUAAUUAUGGUAAAUGUUUGAUCUCUACUUUGAGCUUCUCUAAUAACCAUUCGAAAUAAUGAAAAUUUUUUUGUGGAAAUGUUUUUGAUAAGCAGUUGGUGUGCCAAAAAGAAAACGACCAAUUGUUUUUAGUUUUAUAUACGUGCUCAAUAUUUCCAAUAACGUAGUGACCUAUUUGUAUUUGUUUUUCCAAAAUAAGUGGUGUAUGAGGAAAGUAAUAAUAUUUGGCAACGUUGUACGUGGUGAAAACAUUGAAAUCACCAAAAAAUUUGAAUAACUCUUGGAAAUAUGAGGAGAAGUUUAAUAAAGAGGGAACAUUUUUGAAAAUUCUGUGAAGUAAUUGGAAAAAUUGUUGAGAAGUUGAUUGAAAAAAUUUUGGCUGGAAAAUUCGAUAAAUUUUGAAAAUGAAAAGCUUCUUGUAAGAUUCUGAUAUUCAAUAAAUUUGAAAACUGCCAAAAAACUCCUAAAAUUCAUGCAAAUUUGAACAAAAUAAUUCAUGAAAACCUUGAGAAAAGUUGAAAAAUUAGUAAUUAUCGGAAAAUAGUUGGAAUGGGAAAAACCCUAAAAUAUGUGGGAAAUGUAGAAAAUCAUUAGAUUUCACUCGAAAUAUUGGGAAAAUGUCGAAAAUGAGAAACUCUGGAAGUUUCUGAAAUUCGAAAAAAUUUCAAACCACAACAUAAAAAUCAAAAUUUGCCGAAAAACUAAUAAAAUUCAUGGAAAUUUGAAUAAAAUAACCUUGGAAAAUGUGGAAAUUUUGAAAAUUUCGUAAAAUUAAGAGAAAUACUUAAAAAUUGAGGGAAAACCUACACUUUGUGGAAAAUGGUGGGAUUUUGGCUGAAAAAUUGGAAAAGUGUGUAAAACGGGAAGCUCUGGAAUGUUCUGUAAUCCGAAAAAUUUGAAAUUCCUAACAAAAAAAUUAAUGUGCUGACAUCCUCAGAAAAUUAAGAGAAAUAUGGUAAAUUUGGAUAAAAUAAUUCAUAAAAAACUUGGAAAAUUGAUGAAAAUAUAUUCGAAAAUUCCGUAAGAUAUAGAAAAUUGAAAAGCGUGUUUGGAAAGUUAAAAAAAUGUGAAAUUUGAAGGAUAAACUGAAAGAUACAGAAACAGGAAAAAAACCAUUGAAUUUUACCGGAAAACUAAUAAAUUUCAUGGAAACUUGGAAGAAAAUAAUUCAUAAAAACCAUGGGAAAAGCUGGAAAAUUAGGAAAUAUAUUUGUAAAAUUAGGAGAGGACCCAAAAUAUGUCAAAAAAGGAAAAUUAAUGAAUAUAUAUCUAAAAAUUGGAUUGAAAAAUCUCCUAAAACAAUUGGAAAAUUGAGAGAAAUUAAAAAUCCAAGAUAUAUUUUUCUAUUAAAUAUAAACAUAACCUCAUUGUUCUUGGAAACCCAUACUAUUUGAAAAAUUUGACAACGUUGUACAAAAUUACUUUUUUCAAGACAUGCACCGAUUUUUAUAGUAUAAAACCCAUAUAUAUUCAUAAAAACCGAUCAAACAUCGUUUUGUAAAAAAUAUAUUUGGGUCACUGAUGAAUUCAAUGUAUUUUGAUAUAUUUUUUUUAGUCUUUAAGUACUUUAUAUUGAAUAUUUUUUACAGUGGGACAACAAAAUGUUCUCUUUUUAUAUAUAUACAAAAAAAACAAUCUAUAAAGUACCGAAAAAGUAUUUUCUUUUUCGAAAACUUUAAUAGUAGCGUAGUAAUUUUAACCCACGGUAUAUAUACACACUAAAAAAAUUUUUAUUUAUUUAUACGUGUACUUUUUUACUUAAAUUAAUGUUGUGAAUGUAGUAAUUUAAUAUUAAAACACUCAUAUAGUAAUAAAUUAUUUCUACCCCUUU